UAGGUGAUCGCAUUCUGCAAGUAAAUGACUGUAAUUUGAGAGACUGUACUUACGAAAAUGCUAUUGAAGUAAUAAAAAAGACUGAGAAUGCCAUUAAAAUGGUUGUACAAUCUUUUAUAAUAUCAGGAAAUGAAUAUAAUGAGAAAAAAGAAGAUUCGACUCAUUUCAACAAUCAUGACGUUUUGAAUAAUCUUCUCUCAUCGGACGCUCAGCUGUCGGAUUCAGCAACCUACAUCAAUGGUACAAAUUAUCAGGCUAAUCCAGUGCAGCUUCAUUCAAAUUUGUCAAAUAAUACCGAACCGAAGAAUAUACAUGUGACUAGAGCACCAAAGUCAGAAGAAAGUUCAGAAAGUGAGGAUGAACGCUAUUUGGAAGGAAAUGUAUAUACAAAGGCAGGAAUGGAGAUUUCGCGUAAGAGUGCUGGAAAUGUUAAGAGGUCACAAACAGAGGUAAACGCUGAUCCGGAAACCGAAGAUGAAUUUGGAUAUACAGAACGUAAAAUAAAGAAAAAAUAUUCAAGCAUUAGUAAUGAAGUGAUGCUAGUUACUCUGCAACGGAAUGGGCGACAUGUUGGUCUAUUUCUUGCUGGUCAUAAAGAUAGGACAAUGAUGGGCAGUUUUGUGGCUGGGUUUGAUAAAAAACAAUGCAACGUAGCAACUGAUCAGCUUAGGAUUGGCGAUGAAAUUUUAGAGGUCAAUGGUCAUGUUAUCUCAGGUCGAUGUCAUCUGAAUGCAUCUGUUGUGAUAAAAAAACUACCACAAAUGGUCAUUAAAAUGAUUAUAAGACGCGCUGAUGGACCAAAUAACAUAGCUGUUCCAAAAGCUAUAUUUCUGCCUUUAAUCUUAGAUGAUCAAGAGCAGUAUAAUCAAUUUGAAGGUGUCCGUACAGUAAAUAUAAACAAGGGACAUUAUGGACUAGGCAUUAUGAUAAUACAAGGAAAGCAUACGAAAGUUGGUCAAGGAAUAUUUGUGUCUGAUGUCCAGGAAGAUAGCGCUGCUGAACAGGCUGGCAUUCAAAUUGGUGACAUGAUUUUGGCAGUAAAUUCGGACACAUUGUUAGAUUCAACGUAUGAACAGGCAACAAAUAUUUUGAAACAAGCAGAAGGAGUUCUUACGCUCACAGUUUGCAGCACGAAAAAUUCGAACGAAAGCCAUGGGAUAGAGGACUCUCUAACUCAUCAAGCUACAAGAAAUGAUCCAGAAAAAAUUGCUGGCGAUAAAAAUUGUUCAACCAAUAUAAUUCAAUCUCAAAAUGUUAUCGAGAACCACCAACAGAAAGGAGGUCCAAAGAAGAUGACAGUAGAUAUAAUAAAACAAACUAACAGUUCAGUCGAAUUCUUGUGGGUUGGAGGAAAAGAUACAUCUCACGGAGCAGUUUUUAUUCUCGACGUUAUAUUAAGUGAUAAAACAGAUCAAACGAACUCCUUGUUUUCAGGAGAUCAGAUCUUAGAGUACGGAUCAGAAAAUUUCAAAACGUUAAAAUCAGAGGAGGUAUCGCAAUCAAUCCUUAGCUCAUCAGGGAGUCUCAAAAUUAAUAUUCUGAGAGAUUCUUCAGUUGUUGAGACAACAGAUAUUGAAAUACCUCGACGAAACAUGAAGCCAUUGGGCAUAAUUCUGAAAGAAUUUUCUAAUAACAAAGGAGCAUUUAUAUCGGAUUUGGUGACUAGUAAUGAGACUAUAGAAUCUGGAAAACUUCAAAUAGGAGAUGCACUGACGGAAAUUGGUGGUCAUGCAGUCCAUGAAUUGCCGCUCGAAGAAAUUGUGAUAAUAUUGAAGUUUUCAGAAGUAGUUUUAUUCAAAAUCACAAAAUAUCGAGUUUCAAACAAUUGAUACUGACUCAUCAUAAAAUAAUAUGUAAAGAGCUGCUAUUAAAGAAUAAAGAAGUGUAGCAUAAUUCAA